CUCUACCUGACACUUCCUGCCCAUGAAUGUUUCGUUUGUUUUGGCAGUGUGUUAUUUGUGUAUCUCUGCCGUGUUUGUGUACACAUGUCUUUACAUUUAUGAACACAUAACAUCGCCCUGACGCCCCGGAAUAAUAACCCGACGCACCGAAUUGUAUCAUACGCGCAGUUGAGCCCGUUUAAUGGAUGAUGACUGGAGGCAAAACGUGAUUAUUUCUUCUGACUGAUCCAGGAUCAUGCAGUACGGAGAUGAAAGGUAUGGAUGAUUUGUCAUAUGUGGGGUCUGGCUGAGGGCCACUGUUGCCCAGGCAUCUGCACCCCAUUGGCUGGUUCACCAGCAUGUACCGUAGAAAUGGCCUAUCGGAUGGCACCAGCAUUAGCCCCGCCUCCUCUGAGGGAAGUGACAGCUCUGUGUCUGUGGACGGCCCGAGUGCUGACUAUGCGAAGAGCUACGAUGCUGUCGUGUUUGAUGUGCUGAAAGUGACGCCAGAGGAGUUCGCAAGCCAAAUUACCCUGAUGGACGCCCCUGUGUUUAAGGCCAUACAGCCAGAGGAGCUUGCUAGCUGUGGCUGGAACAAAAAGGAGAAACACGUUUUGGCUCCUAAUGUUGUUGCCUUCACACGGAGGUUCAACCAGGUGAGCUUCUGGUUGGUACGGGAAAUCCUGACCGCUCAAACCCUGAAGAUCCGUGCCGAGAUCCUGAGCCACUUCAUCAAGAUCGCAAAGAAACUUCUAGAGCUGAAUAACCUUCAUUCUAUGGUGUCGGUGGUGUCUACAUUGCAAAGCGCUCCCAUCUUUAGAUUGAGCAAGACCUGGGCGCUGAUCAGCCGGAAGGACAAGGCCACGUUUGAGAAGCUGGACUACCUGACCUCCAAAGAGGAGAACUGCGCCAGGAUGAGAGAGUACAUCCGCUCCCUCAAGAUGGUGCCGUGCAUCCCCUACCUGGGGAUCUACCUGCUGGACAUGAUUUACAUCGACUCGGCCUAUCCUGCGUCUGACAGCAUCAUUGAGACCGAGCAGAGAACCAAUCAGAUGAACAACAUCCUGCGGGUGAUCUCUGACCUCCAGAUGUCCUGCACAUACGAUCACCUCGUGACCCUCCCGCAUGUGCAGAAGUACUUGAUGUCUGUUCGCUACAUCGAGGAGCUUCAGAAGUUCGUGGAAGACGACAAUUUCAAACUGUCUCUGAAAAUUGAACCAGGGAACAGCUCGCCGCGCAUGGCCACAUCCAAAGAAGAUCUUGCAGGUCCGUCUGAGUUGUGUUUAUCGGUCAGGUAUAAUCGACGGCCCACUUGCCCUGAUGCCACCGUGGGGGUUCAUAUUCCCACCCCGCCGCCCUCACGCCACAGGAAGAGCCACAGCCUCGGAAACGCUAUGAUGUGGCAUUUCGGUGUGGUGGAGAGUAAAAGUGCGACGUUCCCCAUAGAGAAACCACGUCACCUGCUGGACGACAGCUUCCUAGAGUCCCAGAGUCCAGCGCGGAACAACCCACACAGCUCAUCCGUGUCCAACGGCAUCUCGAGAGGCAGCAGUCAGAGUUCGUUCUGUGAUGAUCUCUCUCCAGGGCUCGAGAGGGGCCGCAUGCACGCGACUCUGGGCCCUAACUGGAGGGUUCCUCUCCGCGCGUCCCCCAGAGGCUGCAGCCAUGCCCACAGUCCGUCAGUAGCAGAGCCCAGUCUGGCUCAUGGAGAGUCGAGUGGAGUCACGAUGCAGGGGCCGCUGAAGAGGAAAACCCUGCUGAAGGAGGGCAGGAAACCCAAGCUCGCCUCGUGGACGCGGUUUUGGAUCACACUUUCUGGUUCCACUCUCAUAUUCUACGGAUCCAAAGCCCUGCGAGCCACAGAACGGAAACAUUACAAGUCUUCACCGUGUAAGAAAGUGUGUGUUCUGGGCUGGAUGGUGGUGCUGCCGGAUGAUCCGGCUCAACCCAACAUCUUUCAGCUCAACCAUCCUGACAAAGGGAAUGUUUACAAGUUUCAGACUAGCGAUCGGUUCACUGCGAUCUUGUGGCACAAACACCUGGAGGAGGCCUGUCGGAGAAGAAGACCUCAGAUACCAGCGAAUCUCAUGUCGUUUGAGUAAACAGACUUGUGUAACUCUUGCCUGAAGACAUUUAUAAGGCCUACAGAGAUCGAGAAGAACGUGUUUGGUUCAGCAAAAGGAUGAAAAAAGAGCAAAAACCCUUCAAUACUGAAGAGUCCACUGAGCUAAAGGACUCGCUCUGAUCCACUGGCCCUCCGUGAGCCUCACGGACACAUCUAACAUCAGGAUGUCUGUUACAGAGCCGGACGUGGAGGUUUGCACACUAGUUCUGGUCAGUCUAGUAAAGGGUAUGGAAGGGAGGUAAAUCUGGCCUGUUCCAGCUCCAUCAUGUCUUCUCAGUGGAGACUUUUGGAUCUCAAGGUGUUUGUGUGGCUUCAGUGAAGUACAUUAUGGGAAUUAAAUUAAACAGAAGCUCGAGAUGGGUGUUUUUGUGGUGAUAUAAGUGAGUUUCAGUGUGAAAGAGAAAUCAUGCCGCCUGUAGCAUAAGAAUAAAAAGCCAAACUAACAGACAUUUGCUCCUACAACGAGCCGUAACAAACAAACCACAGCUGGAUCAGGAAAAAAGAUGAAGACCUAACCCAGCUAAUGAUACUCACUGGUUAAGAGCUGUUUAGUUACAGACUAAUCACAUCUGCUUUCAGCACAGUGAUCUUUAUUUCUGGUUAAUGUUAUGAUGUGAUGAUGCUGGUUCAAGGAGGUUUGUGAGUGUGACUUGCUGACAUCAGGGAUUCUGAAUCCACUUUCUGUUUUACUCAUUUUAUACUUGUGAAAGCUUGUUUUGGGCUUUAAGUAUUAACAAAUUAUUAGGCCUUUCCUGUCAAAUGAAGGUUUUGCUCACAACUCACAACUUAAACCAGCUGAAAUAUGUU